CUCCACAGUUACGGUCCAGCAGAAUCCUUUCCUACAGUUAGAAUGUCGGGUCUGCUCGCCACCGUGGCCAUGCUGGCCGUGCUGUCCUUCGGGGUUUGUGAGGAGAAGGUCUUCCUGCAGCGAGCAGGAACGGCCUUCAACAGCAGAAAGUACCGAUCUGUGCUGAACGUGACCAACGGAGAGCGCUUCGGAACCUGGACCUGGCCCGAGAUGUGUCCGGAAGACUACUUUGUAGUUGGAUUCAGUGUUCGGGUGGAGUCAAACCAGUACGGAGGAGACGACACCGCCCUGAACGGGAUCCGCCUCAUCUGCUCCAAAGACGAGAACCGGAACUUCCUGUACUACGUUGAAUCACAUACUGGACACUUCGGUGAGUGGUCUCACCCUCAGUACUGCCCCGCCGGCAUGCUCACCUCCUUCCAGCUGCGCGUGGAGCCCUACCAGGGGCUUUUCGGAGACGACACGGCCGUCAACAACAUCAAGUUCCGCUGCAGCAGCAACCCCACGCUGGAGGCUCCCGGCAUGACCUGGGGGGAGUACGGCCACUGGAGCCAGGACUGUCAGGGAGGAGGAAUCUGCGGCAUCGAGACCAAGAUGGAGGAGUACCAGGUUGGCCUGGACGACUCCAGCCUCAAUGAUGUGCGCUUGUUCUGCUGCGACAAACAUGAGCAAUGAAUAGGUAAACGGAAAGUCAAUAUCUAGUCUCUUUAACCUCUUCAGAACCUGAGAAAAUGUUAAAUAAAUGCUUAAACUGUA